UGGCUCCUUGUCGAAACUAUCACAAUCAAUCCAACCACCGUUCAGUGUACAUCACGAGGAGCACAGCAACAUGGUGUCCAGUAAAGUAGUGUGCUUGUUGGCCCUGGCCCUAUUCGGGAGCGCAGCUGCCCAGCCUGCCAAGGACGCCUUCUGGAAGGGCACCCCCAUGGAUGGCAUGGUGGAGGAGAUGAGAUCUGGCUGCGCUGAAGGAUCCGACCCCACCGCCUGCAUCAAAUACAAGGUCAUGUCGUUAUUGGACUCCAUUUUCAAGAAGGACACCUUCCAGAUCUCCGACGCCGUCGAGGUGACUAAGAAUGGUGCAGCCAACGAUGUCAGUGCUCGCUCUAAUGGCGAUUUCUUCGACAGCAUUGAGAACUUCAUCCAGUCCCACGAUGUUACCUUCAAGCUGCCAAUCGUCGACACUCAGAUCACUGUCAGCCCCAGGAACCUCGACAAUGAUGAGCUGUCCCUGAACGUUAAGUUCAACAAGGAGGGUGCCCGCGCCGUCGGAGAGGCCCGCAAGGCCAAGCUCAAGAAGAUCAUCGUCCCCAUCCUGGUGUUCAUCCUCCUCAAGGCCAUGACCCUCAUCCCUCUCGCCAUCGGUGUCCUCGGUCUGAAGGCCUGGAACGCUCUGCAACUGUCCUUCUUCUCCUUCGUGGUCUCCGUCGCGCUGGCCAUCUUCCAGCUCUGCAAGAAGUUUACCCAGAUUGCGGCGGACAACUCGCAUCCCCAGAUCGCUGCCCACGGCCCCUGGGACGCCGCGUACGCCGCCACCCGCCGCAGGAGAGACGCCGAACCCCAGGAGCUGGCCCAGGAACUCGCCUACAACGCUUACCACUAAGAUAUCCGACCACCCCAACCCAACGACCUAUAUCCGACCCCUAUUUAGUGCGCUGUUGUCCAACAGUUCACAGAUGGGCCCGAUAACAUAGACCAAAUAAAAUGAUUUCGUCGAGAAAUCGAGAUCGUGUAAAUACUAUGUAAUGCAACUUAUUUAUUAAAAUAUUGUGCUUGAGAGCGUGUGAUUGUGAUGUAUGACUGAUGUUAUUUAUUUAUAUUGAUAAUAAAUCUUUGAAGAAUUA